GGCUCCCACCAAACCGCUGGUGGCACAGCAGAUGGAGGCAUGUCACAACGUGAUGGGCAUCUCACAGGAGCACAUGGCGGAGAUGACGGGCAGUACCAUGGCUUCAAACCGCCAGGCCAUCUGGGCGAAGAAGCGGCUCUUCUUCUUGACUCCGCACGUGAUGAAGAACGACCUCUGCAGUGAAGCUUGCCCUGCGGCGGCCGUCAAGUGCUUGGUCGUCGAUGAAGCCCACAAAGCGAUGGGAAACUACUCUUAUUGCCAGGUGGUGAAUCAGCUCGUCGGCUAUUCACGCCAGUUCCGCGUCCUUGCUCUGAGCGCGACGCCUGGAAGUGAUCGGCAGUCUGUUCAGCAGGUUCUAAACAACCUCUUGAUCUCGCGUGUGGAGCUGCGCUCUGAGGACUCCCCCGACAUCCUGCCCUACUCGCACGAACGCGUCGUCGAGAAGAUCGUGGUGGAGCCGGACGAGGAGCUGUCGGCCAUCAGGGUGCAGUAUCUCAAGGCAGGAGGAUGCACAUGUGUUUCUGGGUUACGUGAUAGAUGCUCUGCACCAAUCCUGCCUCUUCAACCAAAGGCAGCUCGGUAUUAACAUGGAGACCCCUACAUUGAUCCACCAGAUCUUCAGGGGGUACCUGAAAUCGAGAG